GCGUGGAGCGAGUGUGCCUAAUGAAGUGUCUGCUGUAAUGACACGCGUGAUCAUCAUCAUCAUCAUCAUCACGCACGCUGACGAAAUAAUCGUCCACUUUUGCUGCUUUGUUGCCAGCGUGGAACUUAAUGCGACUUUUCUGCCUUCAUCCCCCACGGCGGCCCGAGGCGAGACGUGUUGGCACAGAGACCCCCAAUUGGAGCCCAGACCUAAACCCACCAGACCUGCAAAACCUGCAUGGGACAGUUUUGGAGGUUCCACCUGGUUUUUUUUUAUUCUCGCAAAAGAUGCUUCGUGGAAAGGAGACUCCCCACUUUGAGACACGACAGUGGACACUCGUUUGUGUUCAUGUUCCACACAGCAGGAUUGGAAGAACUACUCUGCUCGUCCAGGAAAAAGGAACAAAGUCACUCGAGACAACGCGGGACGCGGCAACACCUCAGCACGCCAACACACAAGGCUGCUGAAGAGGACAGGAUGUUAAUGCUCGACGGAAUGCCUGCAGUACGAGUCAAAACCGAGCCCCUGGAUUCGGAGCAAGGGUCCCCCAAAGUGCGUCCUUACUCGGCGAUGGACGGCGUGCCCUUCUUCCUCAGCAGAGUGAAGGCGGAGCCCCCGGAAGACCUUCUGGCUCACGACCUGCACUUCCACACGCAGACCGAGCCGGUGGACCUGUCCAUCAACAAGCCCCGCCCCUCCUCCUCCUCCCACAUCAUGUCGUCCUCGCCGCGGAGAUCCGCCUUCUCGCCGUCGUCCCUGUCGUCGUCCUCUUCGUCUUCGUCGCCGUCCGUCAUCACCUCCGCCUCCUCGCUGCUCUCGCCGGGCCCUCUGGUGGCGCCCGGCGGCGGGAUGAGAGGUCAGCCAUAUUUGCACAUCCUGCACUCUGUGCCGCCGCCGCCGCCGUCCAGCCCGCUGGGCCUGCAGGCUCUGGGCAAGCUGGGCGGUCACGUGCACCGCAUCCCCGUGGUGGUGCAGUCGCUGCCCCUCAUGUACACCACCGCCGUGCGCUCCACCUCCAGCCUCAACAACGCCAUCAUGCUACCUCUGCUGGACGACGCCAAGAGCCAGGGCAAAGCGCACAUGGAGCACAACGGCCUGUCGCCACGGCAGAUAAAAAGCGACAGCGACGACGACGACCUUCCCAACGUGACCUUGGACAGCGUCAACGAGACCGGCUCCACUGCACUGUCUAUAGCCCGCGCCGUGCAAGAUUCCAUGUCACCGUUCAGUAUUGACAGCAUACGUCGCCCGCGGCGGUCGGAGUCGCCCGAUUCGAAAAAGAGGCGAAUCCACAGAUGCGACUUUGAGGGCUGCAAUAAGGUUUACACCAAAAGCUCCCAUUUAAAAGCACAUCGGAGGACACACACAGGAGAAAAGCCUUACAAAUGCACCUGGGACGGCUGCACGUGGAAGUUCGCCCGCUCCGACGAGCUGACCCGACAUUACCGCAAGCACACCGGGGUGAAGCCCUUCAAGUGUGCGGACUGUGACCGCAGCUUCUCCAGGUCGGACCACUUGGCUCUGCACCGACGCCGACACAUGCUGGUGUGAGCCCCACCCUCAAUGCAGCUGCCGGGGGAGCGGGAUCUCCCUGGGAAUGUUUUUCAGCAGGCCUGGAUGCAGCACAUCCAACACACAUCCAGAGAAAGAGAGCACAAAACAGGGUCAAUUUGGACUUGGAAGGAACAUCAGGAUCUUUUAAUUGUUCUGAAGCAGCACUGUUUUGUAAAUGUUUCGCUUUGAUUAUUUCCGGCUGCUUUUACAGCAUUUAUAAUGUGAAAGACCCCCCCGGUUUUUUCUCUCCACGCUGGCUCUUUUCAAGCAGAUUGGACGUUUGGCCAGCAGAGGGCGCCACUGGAUGACAGAAGCAGCCCACAGUGGAGACCACCCUUUCAACUGGUCCUGGCCUAUGAGACCACCCUUUCAGCUGGUCCUGGCCUGGCCCAUGAGACCACCCUUUCAGCUGGUCCUGGCCUGGCCCAUGAGACCUACCCUUUCAGCUGGUCCUGCCUGGCCCAUGAGCAGCACAAAGCCGUCAGUGAGCAGGAAGGUGGGUUCACUCGCAGAUAUCCUCUUUUUUUCUUAAAGGUGGACCUUUUUAGUGCUGUGAUUAGCAAUCAGAUCCGUGGAAAAAAAACAAAAAAACAAGUGCAAUCUCACCAGGUCAUGUUUCUUUCUUGAAAUUGCUCCCCCUCGUGAACAGAGAACUUUGAAAACAAUCAAGAGAAUAUUUACCGCCACAGAGGCACCUUAAGGACUCUUUUGCUUUUUCUUCUUCUUCUUCUACUCUCAGCCCAGGUUUGGAAUUUUAGUCGUUUUUUGUUUUUUUUGCACAGCAGCACUUGACUGUAGGCUGGCUGAAGUGUUACAAAGAAGGCGGCACACAAGUGAAUACAGACGAGCAAUACUUUCUGAACACCGAGCUCCGCCCUCUUUGCGUCCUUUUUUGAUGUCAAGAUUUUUGCUCCGCCCUCGGCUCGGUUUUUUUGCUCAUUUCAUCCAACGUCAACACACUUUGUCAAGUCUGGAUUUUUGAUGCAUUUUUGGUUGUGGUGUACUUUGUUUUUGCGGCACAAAACAGUACGUGGGGGGCCCUCGGGGGGGGGGGGGGUCAGAUAUGCUACUGCUCGCUCCAAAAACAAACAAAACCUCAGAGAAACUUACCAAAAGACCCCUCAAAAAAUGACAAAUGCUCAACGUUUACGACACCAAGUCAAAAGUUUGGAGACACCUCCCCAUUCAAUAGCAUACCUGCCAACUACUCCGGUUUUCCCGUAAUUAGUACGGUUUUCAUCAACCUAUUCCGGGUUACGGUUGUAGUGAUAAAAAAUACGGUUUUUCAUUCAUUAAAAAAAAACAUUUUUUAAAAAGUUUUAUUCACGAAAUCGCGUAACAACAAUGACAAUCGACACUGCUUCCCGUAACUUCCUAUCGAGCCAUUCCGAAUGCCAUGCGCGAGGCUAUUUAUAGCACCGCUGCCAAGCACGAGGCACCAGUUGCCAUUGUUUCCAAACGAGCGAACGAUCAUGGAAUCAGCCGGAGAAAAAUGGCAAACGAGUCUUAAACCGAAAAGAAAACUGCAGUCAUUCCGUGAAGAAUAUUCAAAUAUUCAUAAUUAUCCGUUCCAAAAAGGGUGAAAACUACGCGAAUUGCACCUUGUGCAGACAAGAUUUUUCGAUCGGACACGGAGG